AGCAAGUAGUAGUAUAGCAAGCUAUGUAAUCAAUAAAGACGCAACUGCCAACUCGGGUGUUCUAUCUAGUCAUUCCCCUCUCACCACGGAGGGGCCAGAGACGUCUGAAGACUGCAGGGAAGGGAGUCUGCAUUUCAGUCUCUUCAGCAGCCCAGGCAGAAGGGCAAGGCUGGCUCUCCCAAUGGUCCUCCGGUUCCCCUUGCGCCGAAGUGCCAGCUUUACCCUGGAGUGCAGGACCUUGUUUGAGACACCUGAUCCCACCAUUCUUACCAUGGAAGCCAAUGUGUUGGUGAUGGGAGCAGAAAACGUUGGGAAGUCAGCCCUGACUGUUCGUUUCCUGACCCGACGAUUCAUUGGAGAAUAUGGCGACCUGGAAUCAAUCUACAGCCGAAGCUUGGAUGUGGAGGGCAGGAAAAUUCUCUUCCACAUCUGGGACUUCCCCAGUUCCCAUGAUCAGGCCGACCAGGACUCCACAGAAGAGAAGAGGAUCCAGUGGGCGGAUGGCUUCAUCUUGGUCUAUAGCAUCUGUGAUAGGGCCAGUUUCCACAUCCUUCCCACCAAAGUGCAGUUCAUUAAGGUAGCCAGGGAGGGCCAGAGCCCCGAGAAGGUGCCUAUCAUCAUUGUGGGCAAUAAGAGGGACCUAGGCCACCACCGGGCAGUUUCCAUUGAGGAAGGGCGGCUUCUGGCUCUCACCCUGAACUGUGACUUCUAUGAGGUAUCAGCAGCUGAGGCCUCUCAUGGAGCCCUUAUGGUGUUCCAGGGGCUGGCCCAGCACUUCUGGCAGGCUCGACUGCCACCCCGAAGAGGGAUUGGGAUCCGAGGUAUUGUUAAGAGUAUGUCAGCAGUAUUUGCCCGAAAGAGAACCGAUUCCUUCUAAGCUGGUUCACCUGGCAUCAGUUUCCCUCCUCGUAAGUUAUCUUAGUCAGUCACACAUUUAAUAAGCACCUACUAUGUAGAGAGUACUGUCUGGGACUGGGAUAAGGUAGUAGAAAAGAAAUAGAGUGCUCAUUCCCUGCCCUCAAUGAGCUUUUAAUUCAUGUACCCAGUGCCCACUCCACCACUUUCAACUACCAUCUCUAGAGAGUUAGUUUACAUUCUCCCAGAUUAAUAUGCCAUCAUUCCAACCAAGAUGGUACUGACUUCUAGAUCAGAAUUGGCUUGUAAUUGAGCCUGUUAUGAAGCCCAUGGGCCAUCUUGUCUAGGUAUGAUCCCACUUUCCUAAACUCUAGCAAAGACUAAUUGGGAGAUGUGGCAUCAGUGGUUCUUACCUGUCUGGGGUCCUUCAUAUUUAGGAUCCUUUGUAGCCUAGUACAGAUACUCAGUACGACUGCCCCUGAAGUCAAAGGCAAUGCAGUGUGGCACAGUGGAAUUAGAAGUGAAUUUGGAGUAAGAGAACUGACCUUAAAACCUAGCCAUGUUUCUCUGCCCUCGGGAAAGCCAUCUUCUGGACCUUAGUUUCUGCUUUUCUCAAAUUAGGGGAUGGGACCUAUAAUCACUAACAUCCCUUCUAGUUCUGAUACAGGUUUGUAAGCCCCAGAG